GUCGUCAUCACUACCGUGACGUCAAUGCACGAGCAAUUCCGCAGAAUUUUUUACUCAAAUCUGGGGCGUGUGUGUUUUCGUCGAUAGAAUUCGAACUAUAAAGUAUUAAUCGGGUUCGAAUUAUAGUAAAUCGCGAUCGUAGUUGAUUCUAGAUCAUUUCUAUAAAAAUUAUGGCUGGAUUUGUUACUUGUGGUCCUAACGAAGCUCUUGUUGUUUCAGGAUGUUGCCACAGCAGUCCUCUUAUGAUUCCUGGUGGAAGAGUGUUUGUUUGGCCUGGCGUACAACGUGUUCAGAAAAUUACAUUGAAUACAAUGACUCUCACCAUAGAAAGUCCAAAAGUUUAUACACAACAAGGUGUUCCAAUUUCAGUAACUGGUAUUGCACAGGUAAAAAUUCAAGGACAAAAUGUUGAAAUGUUGAGAGCUGCUUGUGAGCAGUUUCUUGGAAAAAAUGAAGACGAAAUUAUGAAUGUGGCAAAAGAGACACUCGAAGGGCAUCAACGAGCUAUCAUGGGACAAAUGUCAGUUGAGGAAAUAUAUAAAGACCGCAAAAAGUUUUCUAAACAAGUAUUUGAAGUUGCCUCUUCUGAUUUAGUUAAUAUGGGAAUUACAGUAGUUUCAUAUACAAUUAAAGAUAUAAGUGAUGAUCAAGGUUAUUUAAAAGCACUCGGAAUGGCUCGGACAGCAGAAGUAAAGAGAGAUGCUCGAAUCGGAGAAGCCGAAGCCCGUCGUGAUGCCCAAAUUAAGGAAGCACUUGCAGAAGAAGAAAGAAUGGCUGCUCGUUAUCUAAAUGAUACAGAAAUUGCAAAAGCUCAAAGAGAUUUUGAAUUAAAAAAGGCAGCUUAUGAUAUGGAAGUGAAUACUAAGAAAGCCGAAAGUGAUCUUGCUUAUAAUUUGCAAGCUGCUAAAACACGUCAGCGCAUAAAAGAAGAACAAAUGCAAGUAAAAGUUGUUGAAAGAACUCAAGAAAUACAGAUUCAAGAACAAGAAAUUAUGCGUAAAGAGAAAGAAUUGGAGGCAACUAUUCGCCGUCCUGCCGAAGCAGAAAAGUAUCGUUUAGAGAAAUUAGCCGAAGCUAAUAGAAAUAGAGUUAUUAUGGAGGCCGAAGCAGAAUCUGAAGCUGUUAAACUGAAAGGAGAAGCAGAAGCUUAUGCAAUAGAAGCUAAAGCCAAAGCAGAAGCCGAGCAAAUGGCCAAGAAAGCCGAUGCCUUCCGCGAAUACAAAGAUGCAGCCAUGAUUGAUAUGGUAUUAGAUACAUUGCCAAAGGUUGCUGCAGAGAUAGCUGCUCCAUUGACUCAGUGCAAGAAAGUAGUUAUGGUCUCAUCCGGUAAAGGUGAUAUUGGAGCAAGUAAAUUAACUGGUGAAGUAAUGGAUAUUAUGACAAAAGUUCCACACAUGGUCAGUCAGAUGACAGGUGUUAACAUUGUCAACUCGCUGAAAAUAGCGCAAGCCACCAUGUAAAAUCUGACGAGGAUUUAUUUGAAUUAAUCUUUUGCAAGUUUUUUCUACGUUGUAUUGUUAAUAAAAGUAAAGGUCAAAGUAUUUGCUGCCAAUUUGCAAUUUGCUAUAUGUCUAGUCUUCAAAUGAAUGAUCAAUAUUUAUAUAUAAAACAUAUAUAUUAUAUUUACAGUAUAUAUAUAUAAUAUAUAUUUCAUAUUUCUUAUUUAUCAUUUAAAAACUGUGCCUUGCUUUCUUCACAUAUUUCUCAACAUUACAUUUGUGAAUUUUCAUGUACUUUGUGCAUUAAUUUCUCGGAAUUCAUUCGACUUUUAUAUUAAUACGAUGAUGAAACUUAGCAUUUGGUAGUUAUUUUAUAUUGAAACUUUGUGUAUUUUAUGUAAAGAGCUUUGAUGAUUUUCUUUUUUUAUUUCGUUAACUAUCAAUAUUAUAGUCAUUAUUCUGAAAGAUUGAAUUUCAUUCAUUGUAAUCAUUUUUUAUUCUUGAUGCACGUUUGGAAAGUUGAUGAUUUUAGAAAGAAUCUUGACAGUAUUUAAUAUUGGAGGUUCUUAAGAAGAGAAGACAGUAUAUUUUAUGAUUCAUCUCCUUUUGAAAAGUACAAACUUUAAACAUGUGACCAAAAUUUAAAUAUUUUAGACCAAAUAAGCAUACAUUAUAUAUAUAUUACUUCAUUCAGAAAAUAUUGAGCCAGUAAAAUAGCAUCAAAUAUAUAUAUAUAAAUCAUUUAUAAUGUAAAAAAUUUAAUAUUUUUUGUUUGUUAUUAUUAUCAGUUAACAAAUAUUUGUUUCACCUCCCAAACAUUUAAUGUGAAUCUAUUCAAAUAAAAAAUAUUUAAAAAGUGUAUUUUUUUUUAAUUUAAUUUACUCAGGGUUUCAAAGUAUCUUUUUAAUUUUAAUUUAUAUUCUGUAGAUAAUAUAAAUAUUCAGUUUUUAUAAGAAACAUGUUUUUUGUAUUUUUUUAAUAUAGCAGUUGCAAUGUAUAAUACAUAUAUAUAGAUUUACCAAGUCCAAAACUGUCUGUAGUAAUUUAAAUAUAUAUGUACUUUAAUACUGUAAAGUAGCUUCAAAUAGUCAUUUAUGCACUAUAGAUCGAUAAUUAUGCAGUAAUAUUUAUUAAAGGCACUAGAUAGAGGAUCCAAAAUCCAUUUCUUCCUCUCGACACGAUGGAACUAACCUCUCUUCUUCCUCGUAAUUUUUAAUUUAAUUAGACGAACUCUGCGAGAUUAAGUGUGAACGCGAUAGGAAUAAAACUGUUUGCCUGUAGAAUCUGUUUUGAAAAUUUAGUCUUAUAUAAAAUCAGAGUUUUAAUUUCCUAUCUAAAUUGGAACGCAUCGUUGAUGUUAUGCAAGCUGUAUGCGACUAACAAGUGUUACUGUGCAAAGACUAUAUUGCCUUAAAAAAAAAAAAAAGAAUUAUAGCAUAUAUUAUAGCGUUUAUAAGAUACUAUAA